AGGCUUCUCUUACGAGGGAUGCCGCGUGUUUCAGAAUCUGAAAAGCCGAUCAAAUCUGAAGAAAACCGGCGACGAAUCUCUUCGGCGUAGAUUCCAUAUCAUCCCGGGGACCUAGUGAUAGAUCGAUGCCGUCGUGAAAUCAUCAAGACGAGUUGGAUGAUGCGUUGGUAUAACGGAGGCUAGAAAUUAGUGAUGUCAUCAGGAGAGUACAACAAGGAGGACAGGCAUCUAUUGCGAUCCACCGACGGAGAUGAAGUCGUCGUCAUUGGCGGAGAAGACGAUGAUCUCGACGUCGAAUCUCAGUCUCCGGCUAUCAGGAAUUCCACCGGAGGAGUUAGAAAUCUGUUGAAGCAUCUCGAUCGUAGAUUCUCUCUCUCUGGACGUCGUCUAAGCUUCAAACGACUGGAGAAUGUCAGAGUAGAUCGGAACCGCCACCACAAUCCUUCUUCUUCUUCUUCCCCACUCUCGGCUAGUGUGGUUGCCGGAGAAGAAGAUGGCGUCGAUGAUAUCGAUUACCGGAACGAUGAAGGCAACGACGUGUUGGGAGAUGGUGCUCCACCUGAAUGGGCUCUGCUUCUUAUCGGCUGCCUUAUCGGUGUCGCCGCCGGAAUUUGCGUCGCCGGCUUCAACAAAGGGGUUCAUGUGAUUCAUGAGUGGUCAUGGGCUGGUACACCCAACGAGGGUGCGGCUUGGCUUCGUCUACAGAGACUAGCUGAUACUUGGCAUCGGAUUCUUUUGGUUCCUGUCACUGGGGGUGUUAUUGUUGGGAUGAUGCAUGGUUUACUCGAGAUCUUGGAUCAAAUUAGGCAGUCCACUUCUACCCAAGGACAAGGAGUAGAUUUACUUGCUGGUACAUUCCCAGUGAUUAAAGCUAUUCAGGCUGCUGUCACCCUUGGUACAGGAUGUUCACUUGGUCCUGAGGGACCUAGCGUCGACAUUGGAAAGUCCUGUGCCAAUGGUUUUGCGCUAAUGAUGGAAAGCAACAGAGAAAGGAGGAUAGCUCUCACUGCGGCUGGUGCGGCUUCUGGGAUUGCAUCUGGUUUCAAUGCAGCAGUGGCUGGCUGUUUCUUUGCUAUUGAGACUGUUUUAAGACCUCUACGCGCCGAGAACUCGCCUCCAUAUACCACUGCAAUGAUAAUUUUGGCCUCUGUUAUAUCUUCGACUGUGUCGAAUGCGUUGCUUGGGACUCAAUCAGCUUUCACAGUCCCCUCGUAUGACCUGAAGUCCGCGGCAGAGCUACCUCUGUACCUGAUAUUAGGCAUGCUUUGCGGUGCUGUUAGCGUUGUUUUUUCUCGCCUCGUCACGUGGUUUACCAAGUCAUUCGAGUUCAUCAAAGACAAAUCUGGUCUUCCUGCUAUUGUGUCUCCUGCAUUAGGUGGUUUAGGAGCUGGGAUGAUUGCUCUCAAGUAUCCUGGAAUUUUGUACUGGGGGUUUACAAAUGUUGAGGAAAUUCUGCAUACUGGAACGAAUGCUUCAGCUCCUGGAAUUUGGUUAUUAGCUCAGUUAGCAGCAGCCAAAGUUGUGGCUACUGCUUUGUGCAAAGGCUCUGGGCUUGUAGGUGGUCUAUAUGCACCAAGUUUGAUGAUUGGUGCUGCUGUUGGUGCUGUGUUUGGAGGUUCAGCUGCUGAGAUUAUAAACAGAGCUAUUCCUGGUAAUGCUGCUGUUGCUCAACCACAAGCUUACGCUCUGGUUGGCAUGGCAGCGACAUUAGCGUCCAUGUGCUCAGUCCCCUUAACAUCAGUAUUACUACUGUUUGAGCUAACAAAAGAUUAUAGAAUUUUGCUUCCUCUCAUGGGAGCGGUUGGUUUAGCAAUAUGGGUCCCCUCUGUGGCAAACGAAGACAAAGAGAGUGAUUCAUCUGAGGGUCGCAACACAGGAAGAGGAUACUCUUCUCUUUCACCGUCCCAUCUUAAUACGGAAGGCAUUUGGAGACACACGGAUAAUGCAAACUCCCUUGAGCUUACCGUCAUAGAGAACCCUGACCAGAAAUCCUUCUUUGAUGAAGAAACUAUUCUGGAAGAGUUAAAGGUAUUGCGGGUUAUGUCAAAGAACUAUGUGAAGAUUUCUCUGGGAACAACACUAAGAGAAGCAAGAAGCAUCCUCAAAGACAGCCACCAGAACUGCCUUGUGGUAGUCGAUGAAGAUGAUUUUCUAGCCGGAAUCCUAACACACGGAGACCUCAGACGUUGCUUGUCCAAUAAGGUCUCUCCAAUCAUAGAUGAAAACACAUGUCCGGUUUCCUCAGUGUGUACUAAGAAAAUAACGUACAGAGGCAAAGAACGCGGUUUGAUUACUUGUUAUUCAGACACGACUGUCGGGGUGGCCAAAGAGUUAAUGGAGGCAAGAGGGUUGAAGCAAUUACCUGUCGUAAAACGAGGUGAAGUAAUUCAUAAAGGAAAAAAGAGGAAACUGCUUGGCCUUCUUCAUUAUGACUCCAUCUGGACUUUUCUCAGAGAUGAAAUGGGUCGUAGGAGAUCGAUCAACGAGCGGAGAAAAGACAGGUAUGAAGAGGUUGGUGCGGCAAAUGUGCAUUGAUUUGGGGUUUGUGCCUACCCAUCUGGUAUAGCUUUUUCUUGUUUUUAAUUUCUGCUGUGCAAAUUGAUUAGAACGGAGAAAAACAAAAUAAUACCUCUUUGUUAGUAAACUCCUAUCAUUUACUCAAAAGAAAAAUCUAGUGUAACAUAGACACGACAUUUGUUGGGUGAUCUCUGCUUAAAAGUUAGUAAUAUCAUUAGGUCUUAGCAAACCUUGUGCUAUUCAGAAUCGACAAUACUCUUAACUGAGACAAGUGAGUUUUGUUGAAUUUUUUUGUAUAGUUUCUUCAUUUAUUAAGGUUUAUAUAGCAUUUAUCGACCUUUGCAUUAC